CUUCUUAGCACGACGUCUCUACUAGUAUCAUGGCCAUCGAACUCACCACUCUUCCUCUCCCUGCCUCUGCAGAUCCUUCCAAGUUUGCAAACUUCGGGCGUGAGGUCAAGGGUGUUGACCCUGGCAACCUGACCCCUGAGCAGUUUGAGGAGGUCAAGGACGCUCUCUACAAGCACGACGCGCUUCUGUUCCGAAAUGCGCAGCUUAGCCCAGAGCAGCAGUACGCGCUGACGAAGGCCUUCGAUCCCGCCUCAGAGUCCUACGGACAUGGAAAUCAUAAGACCGGAUCUACAAAGAAGUCUAUUCUUCAUCCAGACCUCAAGACCAUCCCUCGCGUACCCCAGGUACAGCUUAUCGGAAACGGUCUUGUAACGAACUACGAAGGCCUCGAGUCCGCACAGCUCAAGCACCCCUCGCACCACACCUUCCACAAGACCCAAGUGUCCCCAGAAGACGAAGCCAACGGUGUGACGCGCUUCUAUCGGUGGCACAUCGACGCCGCGCUGUAUGACCUCAGCCCCCCGCGCGUGACGACGCUGUACGGCAUCAAGGUGCCCAAAGGCGAGCACCAGGUCGUGCGGUACGACGAUGGCACGGGCGACGAACUGCCCGUCCCGCUCGGGACGACCGCGUUCGUUUCGGGCCGCACGAUGUUCGACAUCCUCCCAUCGGAGCUCAAGAGCUUUGCGGUGCGGACCAAGGUCCGGUACGCGCCACACCCGUACGUCUGGAUGGCGCCCGCCCGCGCGCUACCCACCGGCCUCGGGAUCGAGAACGAUGGACUCGAGCUGCCGCUCAACGAGGUCCCCGAGUGGUCGGAGGACAAGAUCAUGACGCUACCCAUUCUAUGGAAGAACCCGGUGACUGGCGAGCUACACUUCCAGGUGCACCCAUGCGGCGCCCAUGAGCUUCUCGUCGAUCCCAUUCCCGCGGGGGCCAAGCGCGAAGGCGCGCUGUACCCCGAUGGAGCACAUAUCAAGGAUCUCAAGGAAGUCCGAAGCCUUCUCUACAAGAUGCAGAGGCCCGCCAUCGCUCCUCAGCUUGUGUACCCGCACGACUGGGAGGAACGCGACCUCGUUCUUUUCCACAACCGCGGAGUUCUGCACACCGUCGUGGGCGCGUUCAAGCCGGAUCAGGUCCGCGCUUUCCACCAGUGCAACCUGGCCGCGUCGGAUAUUCCCAAGGGUCCCUCCGAGGAGGAUGUGAAGCGUUGGGCGUGAAGGCUUUGGUCAUUGGCGCGAACUGUAUCAUAUAGCUUGUAGCAACUUGUCUUCCAUGUGCUACAAAUCAUUGAACUAUCAUAAUGGAACUUUG